AUGGCGCAAAAUCUUCCAGCAAAUGAGGUGCUGGAAACGGGCCUCCGUGUCAUUGGAUUUGAGCAGCACCGCAUUGACAGUGUCAAUGAAAAGAAGAACCUUUCGCGCUUUCGAACGCACUACGCAUCGUCGCCCAUUGUGCUGUCUAUUGUUUGGGAUAUGCUCCUUACCAGUGAGAAUGAAGAUGCGAGUGUCUUGCCUGAUGUUGCCAACUUUCAGCAUUUUUUGAUGGCAGUCAAUUUUCUGGCAUGCUACCCCACUGAGAAUGAAGGUGAAGCCCGAUUCGGUGUGAGUGACAAGACGUACCGGAAAUGGAACUGGUUUUAUGUCAAAAAGCUGGCUGCCUUGAAACCGGAAGUAAUUGUUUGGCCGAACGCUUGGAAUAAUCCCAACAAUCAGCAUGAUCCCAAUACAGAAACAACCUUCAUCAUCUCUGUUGAUGGUGUCCAUUGUAUGAUCCAGGAGCCAACACUGGACAGCUUUUCGGAGAACAAGCAAUACUACUCUCACAAAUUCAAAAAGCCGGCAUUCGACUACGAGGUUGCUCUUUCUAUCUUUACGAACAAAUGUGUUUGGAUUGCUGGGCCAUACCCAGCCUCAAAGCAUGACAUCAGCAUUUUUCGAUCCAGCUUGAAAGGGCACAUGGAGCAAAACUCUCCCGGUAAGCUGGCAAUUGGAGACAAAGGUUACCGAGGAGAACCAGCGUUGAUUUCGACUCCAAGCUCACACGACAACCAGGACCUCCGCGAUUUCAAAGGAAGGGCAAUGUCGCGACAAGAAACAUUCAAUUGUAGAUUGAAAAAUUUUGCCGUUAUGGACGUCCGGUUUCGGCAUGGUCAUGACCGUGCCACUGUAGACGACACAGCCGUCAAGCACCAAGCGUGCUUCUUUGCUUGUGCUGUGCUGGUCCAAGUUGAUAUGGACAACGGCGGGCCAUUGUUCUAUGUCGCGUAG